AAUUAUAAACUCGAUCCCGCACAUUAUUUUUCGUGUCCGGCUUAUCGUUCGACGCAAUGUUGAAAUACAUGGACGCAUACAUUGAUCUAUUGACGGACCCGGAUAUGUUGUUGAUGUUCGAAAUGGGUAUAUGCGGAGGUUUAACGCAAGUUAAUCAGUGGUAUGCUCGAGCAAACCACCCAGAUGUCCCCGACUACAACCCCGACUUGCCUUACAAAUACCUUCAGUAUUUGGACGCCACUAAUUUGUACGGGACAACCAUGAUGGAACCUAUUCCGUUUGUAUAUUUUGAGUGGUCGACGGCAACGCUGGAAGAAGUACUGAACACCCCCGACGACGGUGAUUACGGAUACCUGGUGGAAAUCGAUGCACAUUAUCCUCGUGAAUUGCACGAUUUACUCAAUGAUUUACCAUUUUUCCCGGUAAACGAGCGAUCACCGUUGUCGUCUUCGAAACACGGCAAGUUGAUGACCACGUUACAACCAAAACGUGAUUAUAUCGUGCACUACCACGCAAUAAAACUAGCUGUGAAACACCACGGUGUGAUCGUAAACAAAACUGCAUAA